AUGUUACGCCCGUCGUCAGUUCGGGACGCGUCGACAUGCCUACGAUGCAACCUGCGCCUCGUCCUCGGUCAGAUCCAACCACGCCGCUACCAAUCCUCGGAUGAGUCGCCUCAAACAUCUCAAGAAUCUCCUGCCUCCCCGGUCACGCCUCGCUCCGAUCAGCAACAGAAGCACCAAGCACCGCGUCUUCGCAUUGUCCGCCACCAUUUCAACCAUGGCAAGAUUCGUGGUAAGAAGGGCAGCCAAAGACGUGUCGAGUCGGCAGAGGCUCUGUCCAUUGCCAGCUUGGGUCAAGAUUCCGAAGUCAUCGUUCUACGUGACUUGCACGAGCCUCGGGUCGAAACAAAGAAACCUGACAACCCUCCAUUAAACGUCGUUUUCGACGACUUCGACGAUGCUGAACAGAGCCUGGCUCCCCCAACCGCUAGCGACAUUGAGAACAUGUCGGCGGGCAGAAGAGCAAUUCGUCCCAAGGACCAAGAAGUCUUCGAGUCCAUUGAUGGGCUUAGGCCACCACCCAACGUUGACGUUGUCAAGGAGGUCGAAUUCCGAGCCAUCUUCACUGCCUUGGCCAAGGGCUAUACUAUAGGACAACUGAAAGGCUACCUGCUCCAGGAAAUCGCACCUACGCGGCUCGCCUCAUCCAAGACCAGAUCUUCUCGCCGUGCUUUCGCUUCAGAAAUCACCAGCAGCAGCGGUGACCUGCAAGUCCUCAAGCGAACCGCAUGGCAUCUCGGUACUACCCCCAUCGCUAGGCGCCUGUCCGUCAUAUUCUCUGCUCAUGCAGGCCCUAAGAUGAACAACAAGGAAGAUGUUAUAGAGUCCAUUCUGCGCCAUGCCUGGAUACUAAGUAUCGAGGAAGAGAAGAAAGCCUUGGGCGAGAUAGAGUUCCUGCUGUCGCCCAUGCAAUUCGGCCUGCUGCUCACAAAGAAUUCGAAAACCUUGCAGCCCCUGCUCGAAAGCACAAGGUUCUACACCAAUUCGCGCUUUCAGUUGCACCAAGCCGACCACGUCAUUCGAAUCGUGGGCCCACGCUCUGAAGCUGAGGAGAUUGCUCUUGUUCUGACCCAAGCAUAUGCUCCUGCCAGGAGCGCUGACAUUCAUCUCGAUACUUUUGAUCUUGCCUUAUCAGCAGAUCGAGCAGGCUACACUUUACAGGACAUGUUGAGCCCCGCGCAGCUAACCAGGAUCAUGCAGUUGACCAGGACCUAUGUACACUAUGACUCCACCGCUAAGCGUGUCCGCAUUGCGAGCUUUGCUGAUGUAGCUAUCAAUGACGCCCAUCGCCUACUUGUCGCUCUCUUGGACUCUCGUACGCGGACCAAAGUCGCCAUGAUCUAUGAUUCGCACAACGCUAAAAAGUGUCGCCUCGAAAACAUAUCAUCUAACAAGGAUCUGCCUUCCUUUGCCCACGACCUCCAGCUUGGUCGUUGGGUCACCUCGUCCUCGAAAGCCAAGCAGUCCGCAACUGACCAAACUCUUCUGGGUAUUCAAGACGGCCAUUCAGUUGGUCGCCAUGACGAUAAAAUGCGCGCCGAAGACGCUGGAGUAGCAAUCUCGCCUCUGACCACUCGCAGUCCUAUCAUGAAAAGGGCCUUUGCGAUCAUGAAGACUUGUGUUGACUCAUCAGAGAAGGCACUUGAUACGAAUGUGUCAAUCUGGUCAGAGCGGCCGCCUAUGUACGACUUCUGGAGGGCUCACGUCGGCCUUUCCUUGCAUAACAAUGAAGCUGAAGCUACCUACCCCAGUGCUCAGGGUCUCUACACGAAUGAAGAAAAGUAUGCACGCUCUCACCGGAACAUCUUUACCUCCAAAGUCCCGGGCCUGGUCGGUCUCUUGGCCUCUAUCCCACCCAACGAUCCCAAGAAGGAAGCUCGUGUCAGGCGUACUAGGCUCAUAGCUCAUCUGAUUCCAUCUCCUUUUGAGCAUGCAAAAACUUGGGCUUCGACGGCAUUCCCCAAAAUUCAGCUUCGCUUUUACAUCGAAGGCUCUACCGAGUUACGAAUGUCUGAAAAGCACGUUUUUGCUGAUCUGCCCAGCGGUAAACGUAUAGUUUUCCAGGAUAUACGUGCCGUCAUUCGUACCGAGAUUGUACAGCUAAAUCUGCCUUCACACCCUGCUGAUAUACAAUUCAAGCGCGAACAGCGACUCGUUAGUCGUCGUGUGAGCGAUGAUGUGGGCAUCAAAUCGUUCAUUGACGCUAUAUUUGAAAGUAUGAAGAGCGAUACCGUUCUGCGUGCUCCUCCAGCUCUUCAGAUACCCAUUCCGCAAAACAUAGUCGCUCCCAUGCCGGAAAGAUACCUACCACAGAUGCGAGGCGCAGUACGUGGUCUCAAAGCUCAAGUCUGGUCCAAACAAGCUACGAAGAGCGGAGUAGUCCCCGUCAAGUACCUCUUUGCUGGUUUCGAAUACCAGGAAGCACGAGACUUUGAUCUUGGGACACUUGCACCAUACCAUAAGGCGGAUCUCCGGUCUUAUGAAGGGGGUGUAACAGGAGGCCGUCGCCUUGAUCUGAGCUUGCUCGCUAAAGACGCCAAGUCCACAGAAGUUGUCGAAGACAGCAAAUCUGUGCAAAGGCUUGUGGAUGCAUCGAUCAGGUUGAUCAACGCUUUGGCAGAGUCUCAAGUCGGUCAACCGAGAAGUCGUCCUCAUUUGGCUCAUGACACGCGACCCAGAAAAUCACGCAAGACAGCCCCUGAAUUAGAGGAACAUCCCAAGGAGAUGAAACAGAGACGCCUUGACAAGAAGAAGACGUCACAAGCAAAGGAGAUCAGCAACAUGGAUUCAUCAGAAGUGAACGAGGUGGCAGAACAAGACAAGGCUCUCGAGCUAGGCACCGAUCAGGACGACGCAGAAAGAGUGACACCAAUCGAAGCGAAUGCUCAAGAGACAAUCACGGCUGAGAAGCCAGAGACUCGACCUCGAGUCUUCGAUGCCCCUGCAGAGCAGGAGCAGACGGAGCAAACGUCAAGCACAGAUGCGUCCACCUCGACAUCUAGUACGAUCGAUAACGAUACGACUGAGCAGACAUCUACUCAAACACCACCCGGGCCUGAGACACCAGAGGCCAAGGCAGAAGAAGCAAAGCCCGUCGAAGAAGAACCCCUGAGCGUUCGUCUUCAACGCAUGAUGGGUAGUGGUCGUUGA